CACUAUAUCAUAAACCAUCACGCAAAUGCAUUACUAACAGAGGAUGGACUGUGAAUAACCAGUUCAAGAUUUAUCGCUCUUAUCUCGAUAUCUUAUCAGCAAAGUGUCCACCCAGGAUGUAAGCGGGGAGUUCUUUUCUGACAGUAAGAGGGUCAAGUCUUGAAAGAAGCCUGAGCAACUCCGGCCGGGAAGAUGAGGGCGUGGGUGUUUGCGCUGGUGUAUCUGUGGGCGUGGAAGGGGGCGUGUCCUUCCCCGAGUGGCCUGACAGUAGGAUUAAAAUCUCCUUGGUGCCGAUUAGAAGGACCUGAACUCAACUGUGAUUUUGAGAGAACGCGCCAGAUGGUGCUGAUGACCGAGCGUUUCAACGCGUCCGUGCGGAAGGUUUCUGUGCGCGGCGCCAGUCAGCUGCACCUCAGCGAGUCCCUGUGCGCCGACACCGUGACCCUCGACCGCGUCGCCGAAGUGGUGGUCGUCCGCGGCGAGUCCGACCCUUGCCAGCAGAGCGAAGUCCAGCUGACAGUCCGGAAUUCUCAACUUGACAGGUUGCCCAACCAGGUGACUCAUCUACACCUGGAAAAUAGCAAGAUCGGCUCGCUCUCGUCCGCUACCGCCGCCGUCGCCAACAUCACCGCGACCAACUGUCAUAUCGACGUCCUCGACAUCUCCCGGCCGCUCCGAGGGGAAGGGACGUCUGCGACCUUCCAAGACUCGACCGUCAGGAAAAUAGAGAGGCUCGAGAUGGCCGGCCAAUCUCGUCUCCGAAUGCACAGGACGUCGGUGACGAUCGUGGCUUCGAAGGGCCUCGUCCUACGAGAAGGAGCUCAAAUGGCUUUGGUUGAGUCAACGGUUUGGCCUCUAGCUGAUGACAGCAUUAUGCUAGGGGGCGGGGCGUCGAUAAACAUCGAGAACUAUCCGGGGAAAUUUAGUCUAAAGUCGAUGUCUGAGGCGAAGCCCUCCCUCAAGCAAUCGAACGCAGCCCCAGUCGAGCGAGUGGCCGAGAACAAUUUUUUCGUUGGCUUUGUCGUCUGUCUCGUUAUCGUUGUCUUGCUUCUGAUCGCGCUACUGAUCACUUGUAUCAAGAUGAGGAAGGAAAGGGCGAAGAGAAGAACCGACUUAACAUUUAAUAAUUUAAACAGGAGUGAUAAGAUUACAAGGUACAACCGGUCCUCUUUCUGCGACGCCAAACGGUCAAAUUCAGACGCAGAAUCGAACAUCGAAAUUCAGCCGAUGUUACAAAAACUGAACAACGUGUCAGAAAAAGUCAGUAGCGAUAAGCAAAAUUACCUCAAAGAAGUGACCCACAUCGAAGAAAACAUUUGCAAAAUUCACGAACAAAUGUCAAGUGACGUCAUCAGCUUGAAAACUUCAAGAGCGGAAAGAAUCAUCGAAAUUCACAGCAAAUACGCAACACUUCGACAGAUUCAGAGCCAAAGCAAAGACCAAACUUCUUCCUCGUCUGACGAAGAAAUCGAAAGGGAAGGGAAAGAAAACAGAAUAAAAGUGGAAGACGGGGCCGAAGUCAAAGAUGAUGUCAUACAGCUGUUAUCGGCGACUGAGAAGGCCAAAUUAAGUUUAUUAGAGAGUGAAUAUGAGAGUAAAAUUCUCGAAAUAAGGAUUUCUGCUUGGAGGAGCGAACUCGAGGAGAAUGUGGCUCUCAUGCAGAGAAGAGAGACAUUCAUAAAUUGCAUGAGGGAAAACAGAGACAAUGCACUGUUGCAAAUCUUCAAGCCGUACGGGAAUAAUCUGAACGAAAUUAAGAAAAUCAGAACAGCCAAAGACUUCUUGACAAGGAUGAUGACGAAGACAGACGAAAAUUUUAAGGAACAGCUUCAAAAACUGAAAGAGAGUGACUUGAAAGAGAAAAAAACUACCGGAGAAGAAAUGAGCGACCGCAUCCGAAUCAUCAAGAAUAGACACGAGGUGAACAGAGACAGCAUCUCCAACAGAAAUGACUUCGAACUGAGAUUAAGAAAACCUAAGAACGAAGGUAUCUCUGACCUCUUCCAGACGUUACAGAAGAUGCAUGAAACCACAUAUCACUUUGACGUCAAAAGAGCGUCGGCCGAACUUGAUCCAGUGUUAGAAUUGCGUUUCCAUCAAAACGUCGUGACAGCGCAAGACAGGUACAUCGCACAACUGGAGAUGUGUGUUGACUUCAUCGUGUUGCUUGGGAACAUUGUCCAAGAGGAAGUUUGAGAAGGAGAAAUUCUGUAUUUUAUUUACUCUCAAAUUAUUUCGAGUGAAUUCAGUAUUUUAUGAACAAUUUCAUUUCUUUAUUUUUCAGUAUCAAGCGGCAAUUAUUCGUUAAAUGACAAUCGCAAUUAAUCUUCUAAAUGGCUUUGACAAAUGAGUAUUGUCAUUUUGCUAAUACUUUUACCAUGUAUUGUUGUUUAUUAUCACUAUUACUUACACUUCCUGAAAUGAAUCCCUUUGUUGUUAAUGAAUGUUAAUCACAAGUGUUAAGAGCUGUGCACGUGCUAUUUGACGUCAUUAGUGGAAAUAACUAAUUCAACAUUUUUUUCCUCUUUUUCAUACGGCUGUAUAACCUUCUGACAUGUAAAACUCGUAGUUAACAGGAUCAUGCUGUAUAAUGAUACUGUACGCACGUUAUUUUUUAAAUAAAAUGCACGGACAUUCA